CCCUUUCCGUCCAGACGGAGGCCGAUCAGCUGUGAAUCGGUCACUCGUGUUAACAUUUCUUCCCAUUAUUUUGUAACAGGAGAAUAUCUUUUUGGCCCAAUAUGUCUUCAAACAAUAUGGCAGAUCCGAGAAGGCAAAAUAAGAUUUUAAGGUACAAGCCCCCCAGCACAGAGACCAACCCUACACUAGAAGACCCCACUCCUGACUACAUGAACCUGCUUGGCAUGAUCUUCAGCAUGUGUGGGCUGAUGCUCAAGUUGAAGUGGUGUGCCUGGAUCGCAGUCUACUGCUCGUUCAUCAGUUUCGCAAACUCACGAAGCUCAGAAGACACCAAACAGAUGAUGAGCAGCUUUAUGUUGUCCAUCUCAGCAGUUGUGAUGUCCUAUCUCCAGAACCCACAGCCAAUGUCACCACCGUGGUAACCAAGGGCCAAUCACAGACAAAAGGCGAAAGUGAACUGUGGAGCUGGGCAUUGUUGACCAACUGACAGCAUCGCCUCAUCCACACCAACCAGACAGAGACGAAACAAAAACAUGAGAUAAUGCAAUAAAAUGACUGAGAAACAGAUGUCUAGAAGAAGAGAACAAAACAACAUGAUGUUAAAAGAUCACUUGUCUGACAUGUGUUUUUUUUUUUUGGGGGGGGGGUAUUUUUUACCACUUUUUAACAAAAAAUCCUUAUGUUGCUGUUAAGUCGAUUUCUUGCUAAAUAUUCUAAAUAAAGUUGAGCAGUUUGAAAUGAAA